AUGAGUGCUGAAAAUCGAGGACCAUACGACUAUACCCAAUCGGAAAAAUCCUAUUUGAUGUGGGCAGUAGCAAUUGGAACCCUACUAGCCGCAUGGCCUUUUCACUGGUUCUAUGAGAACUAUGGAGCCCGAUCGGUGUUCUUCGCGGCCGGUAUGAUCUCGACAGUCGCAACAGCGGCAAUGCCUCUCGCAGCAACCUACAGUUGGCACGCUUUUCUGUUGGCACGAUUCUUCCAAGGAGUAUCAUUUGGAGCCGAUUUUGCGGCCAUCGGCCUCAUCGUCGUUCAUUGGGCUUCAUUGAAACAACACGGGUUUUUCAUCGCGUUAUUGUCAUCGUUUUCACAGUUAUCGGUCAUGUUUACGAUGCCGGUGGCUGGCGAGCUAUGUGAAUCCUCGCUGGGGUGGCCUUCCGUAUACUAUGUGCAUUCAGCUCUCAGUGGAAUCCUUUUUACUAUUUGGUACUACUUCUACAGAGAUGACCCAUCUGAACACGCUUCGAUGACCGAAAUUGAGCUUGAGAAGAUUAACCGUGGUAAGGGAGAGAUCAAGUUAAAAGAACCGGCGCCCAUCAAGGAAAUCAUGACCAAUCCGGUGAUGUGGGCAGUGUGGCUAUCUGCGUUCGGUGAACUCAUGAUGUCACAAUUUAUAGUCAUGUAUGCACCUACCUAUCUCAAAGAGGUUCUUGGAUUCCGAGUUGCUCACACCGGUUAUUUUGUUGCUGUACCUCGUGCACUUCACUUAGCCUUCAAAAUUAUUAGCGGUAUAGCCAGCGAUAGAAUUCUAUUCCUAACAGAGAAAACGAAAAUGAGAUUGUUCAACACCAUCGCUCUAAUGGUUUCGGGAACAUUCUUCUGUGUACUUGGGUUUUUACCAAGAGAACUAUCUAGCUACGCACUUGUUACACUGCUCAUCAUUGAAUGUUCGACGGGUUUCAUAUGCGGAGGUUUCUAUAAAUGCGCUACUCUUGUUGCCAGGCAGCACUCCCACUUCGUCCUGUCACAAAUUCAAUUCAUCAAGUGCCUAUCAUUGUUUAUCGAGCCACUACUAGUAUUCCUGAUCUGUACGCAUAAUACUCUAGCAGAGUGGCGAGUGGUCUUCUUGAUACACGGAGUGCUUCUUAUCGCUGGAAACAUCAUUUUCUGCUACUUCGCCACGGAUAAACCUGCAGCAUUUACUCAUGUUGCAUCCACAGAAGGACUGGCAGUCGUACCACCAGAACAGCAAAGGUGA